GACCGGGAGGCAGACACCACACAGUUACCGUCCGCUUCACCCCUCCCUCCAUUUUCCGGAAUCCAAUGCCAUGCCCGAGCGGGCCAUGCCUCGCAAAUCAAAUCCCUCUUCCUCCCCGCUAAAAUCCCAAACCGCAACCCUAACUCUCGGCACUUCCCGCAUGGCUCGCCGCCCCUUCCUCCGCCCUUCCAUUGCUGCCUUCGCCGUUGCCUUCUCUCUCGUCACCAUAUUCGCCAUAUCUCACUCCAUCCUUUCCCCUCCUCCUUCCCCCUUUCUCUCCUCCCCCUCCCCCUCAGUUCGCCGCACCAAGAUUUACCUCUACGAGCUUCCUCGCCUCUUCACUUAUGGUGUCAUCGAAAGUUACCUCCUCGCGCGUGACCCACAACGUUCGCUGCUGAUAUCGGAGUCUGACCUCCACUACCCAGGGCACCAACACUCCGCUGAGUGGUGGCUCCUUACCGAUCUCCUCCGCCCCGACCGCUCCACAUCGCCCGUUGAGCGGGUUAAAAAUCCGGAAGAGGCUGAUCUCUACUACGUCCCAUUCUUCUCCUCCCUCAGUCUUAUCGUUAACCCAUUUCGUCCCGGUUCUGAUGGCGUUGCUGAUAGGGCGAUGGCGUACAACGACGGAGAUAUGCAGGAGAAGCUGGUGAGUUGGGUCGAGGGGCAGGAGUUUUGGAGGAGGAAUAAUGGGAGGGACCAUGUGUUCAUCUGUCAGGAUCCGAACGCUCUGUAUAAGGUGAUUGAUAGGAUAAAGAACGGCGUGCUGUUGGUUUCAGAUUUUGGGAGAUUGAGAGGUGAUCAGGCCUCGUUGGUGAAGGAUGUAAUUUUGCCGUAUUCUCAUCGGAUUAAUCCGUUCAAAGGGGAGGUGGGGAUUAAAGGAAGGGACUCGUUGCUGUUUUUCAUGGGUAACCGUUAUCGCAAAGAGGGAGGAAAAAUUCGUGAUACACUUUUCCAAAUACUUGAGAAUGAGGAAGAUGUCAUAAUUAAACAUGGCUCACAAUCAAGGGAGAGUAGGCGCAUUGCAACUCAAGGCAUGCAUUCUUCAAAGUUUUGCUUACAUCCUGCUGGCGAUACUCCUUCGGCUUGCAGGCUUUUUGAUGCUAUUGUUAGUUUGUGCAUCCCUGUAAUUGUGAGUGACUAUAUUGAGUUGCCAUUUGAAGAUGUCAUAGACUACAAGGAGAUAGCCAUUUUUUUUGAUACAACUACAGCUGUACAACCUGGGCGCUUAACUUCCAUUCUAAGAGGAAUAAGCACUGAGAAAAUUUUGCAGUAUCAGCAUGGGCUUAAAGAGGUAAGACACUUUUUCGAGUAUGAUGAUCCAAAUGGAACUGUGAAUGAGAUAUGGCACCAAGUUUCUUCCAAGCUUGCCCUGAUAAAAUUGAUGAUUAACCGAGACAAGCGCCUUGUAAAGAGGGAUCUGGGUGGCCCUGAUCUCCCUUGUAUCUGCUCUGGCCAUAAUGCAACUAUUGCCGACCAUUAAGGGAUGAGUGUAGCUGCAAUGGUGAAAUAUGCGUAUAGAAGUGACAUUUUAAUCCAAAUAUUUCAUGAAAUAUGAACACAUUAACAUUUUAUUUUGGAAUAUUUUGAGUGCCAUAAAUUUGAUGGAUUACCAACUUGCAGUCCUUCACCAAAUGUCUGGCAUGCCUGAUUAGAUUUUUGUUGCUGUAGAGAGAAAGUUAGCUGUGCAGGUCUUACUUUAUUUUAUUUUUAAAAUUUGUUUGUUUUAGCAUUUCAAUUUGUAAUAAAUUUUAUUUCGUCAGUGUAAUUUACUACUGGAAAUUUGGCAUUUGUUUUGAGUUUAUUCGUAUGAAGGCUGACACCUUCUCAAGUUAUUUUCUAUUGAUUUUUAU